ACUUGAGGGGCUUCCAGAUAGAGAGAGGCAGGGCACGUCAACGUGACUGAGGGCAGGCCGAGUAGCUCACACACAGUUGUUAUCGCUGCAGGAUUGGAGUUAUACUCACUCAACGUCAGAUAUACGCACGGUGAAGAAGCACUACUCCGUUUUAAAACGAGAGGCAAACAUGGCGCUCUGACAUCGACUUUUAAAUACCGGAAACCAGUUAGCCUUGGCUGUUGACGCUAGCUAGCUAACUUAGCUGUUACAUACCCUGGUUUUUUUUCUUUUGACUGACCUCCACCACAACACAGGCGUACCGUGUAUCGUUUGCAUGCUAGGUUUGGGGGUCACCAUUCUCCUGUGUCCUCCACGUGCGCUCCCGUUUGUCCCUCGUGUGGCUGCCCGCGUGGACGGUUCCCGAAUAUGAUCCACAAUGAGUCAAAGAGACACCUUGGUUCAUCUGUUUGCUGGAGGAUGUGGGGGCACGGUAGGAGCCAUAUUGACGUGUCCGCUGGAAGUAGUGAAGACCCGUCUGCAGUCAUCCUCGAUCACCCUCUAUGUGUCUGAGGUCCAGCUCAGUACCGUCAACGGGGCCAGUGUGGCCCGCAUGUCGCCGCCGGGGCCCCUGCACUGCCUCAAGUUGAUAUUGGAGAAAGAAGGACCUCGUUCUCUCUUCAGGGGCUUGGGGCCAAACUUGGUGGGUGUGGCACCUUCCAGAGCGAUCUACUUUGCUGCCUACUCCACUGCCAAAGAGAAACUGAACGGUGUGUUGGAGCCCGACUCCACACAGGUGCACAUGGUGUCGGCAGGAAUGGCAGGUUUUACAGCCAUCACAGCAACCAAUCCAAUAUGGCUCAUAAAGACCCGCCUCCAGCUGGAUGCGAGGAACCGAGGUGAGCGGCGGAUGAGCGCGUUCGAGUGCGUGCGGCGGGUCUACAAGACGGACGGCUUGCGAGGCUUCUACCGGGGAAUGUCGGCGUCCUACGCCGGCAUCUCAGAGACUGUGAUCCACUUUGUGAUCUAUGAGAACAUCAAGCGGCGCCUCCUGGAGGCCAAGGCGCCGCAGAACAUGGACGAGGAGGAGGAGACGUCCAAAGACGCUUCGGACUUUAUCGGGAUGAUGCUUGCCGCGGCCACCUCCAAGACCUGUGCCACAUCUAUCGCUUAUCCUCACGAAGUAAUCCGCACCCGGCUACGCGAGGAGGGCACCAAGUACAACUCCUUCUUCCAGACUCUGACCACGGUGCCCCGGGAGGAGGGCUACCGCGCGCUGUACCGCGGCCUCACCACCCACCUGGUGCGACAGAUCCCCAACACCGCCAUCAUGAUGUGCACCUACGAGCUGGUGGUCUACCUCCUGAACGGUUAAACGCCUUCCCUUUCCCCCCCC